CGGAAGUUAGGGGCACGUGACCGGGUGACAGCGCUCUCUUGGCUGCGGGGCUCGCUUUAGGUGCUGCGGCACGGGAUGGCGGAGGCGCCUCCUGUCUCAGGUACUUUUAAAUUUAAUACAGAAGCUGCUGAAUUCAUUCCUCAGGAAAGAAAAAAUUCUGUUCUAAAUUGCGGCACUCAGAGAAGAUCAGACUCUAAUAAGAUUGGCAGAAGAAAUUACAGUUCAUCACCUCCCUGUCACAUUUCCAGGCAGAUUCCUUAUGAUGACAUCUCUGUUGUUCAUCAGCACAGUUAUCCUUCAGGAAGUAAACCUAAGAGUCAACAGACUUUUUUCCAGUCUUCUGCUUCUAAUAAAUCACUCAAGAACCAUAGUCUUCAGAAUCAGCCUUGGCAAAAAUUAAGGCAUGAAAAGCAUCAUAUCAGAGUCAAGAAAGUACAAGGGCUCACUGAUCAGAGCUCAGAUACAACUAGCUUAGAAAGUGUGUCCAAGUUAGAGAGUGGGACAAACCCCAGUGAGCAUAGCCCUUCUGAGAGUGAGAAGGAAGUUGUUGGUGCAGAUCCCAGGGGAGCAAAACCCAAAAAAUCAGCACAGUUUGUAUACAGUUAUGGUAGAGGAUCAAAAGUCAAGGGGAAACUAAAGUGUGAAUGGGGUAACAAAAUGACUCCAAAACCUGAGGAUGCCGGACCUGAAAAUAACAAAUCUGUGGGGGUUUUCCACCCUGACUCUUCGGAUGCAUCCUGUAGAAAAGGAGUACUGGAUGGAUAUGGAGCCAGACGAAAUGAGCAAAGAAGAUACCCACAGAAAAGGCCUCCCUGGGAAGUGGAAGGAGCCAGGCCCCGACCAGGCCGGAAUCCACCAAAACAGGAGGGCCAACGACAUACAAAUUCAGGACCCAGAAACAACAUGGCCCCCAUUCCAAAGGAUAAUCUCAAUGAAAGACCAACAAAAUCAGCCUGUGACAGUGGGAAUUUGGCAGUUGUCAACAAGUCUUCCAGAAGGGUUGACCAAGAGAAAAGUGCUAUAAGGAGACAAGAUCUUCAAGUGAUAUCUUCUUUCCCCCGAGGAAAACAGAGCCAUGUGCUAAAAAAUGUGGAAACACAUACAGGUUCUCUAAUUGAACAGCUGACUACAGAAAAAUAUGAGUGCAUGGUAUGCUGUGAAUUGGUUCGUGUCACAGCCCCAGUGUGGAGUUGUCAGAGCUGUUACCACGUGUUUCAUCUGAACUGCAUAAAGAAAUGGGCAAGGUCUCCAGCAUCGCAAGCGGAUGGCCAGAGUGGUUGGAGGUGCCCUGCCUGUCAGAAUGUGUCUGCACAUGUUCCUAAUACCUAUACUUGCUUCUGUGGCAAAGUAAAGAAUCCUGAAUGGAGCAGAAAUGAAAUUCCACAUAGUUGUGGUGAGGUUUGUAGGAAGAAACAGCCUGGCCAGGACUGCCCACAUUCCUGUAACCUUCUCUGUCAUCCUGGUCCCUGCCCACCCUGUCCUGCUUUUAUGACUAAAACAUGUGAAUGUGGACGCACCAGGCACACAGUUCGCUGUGGUCAGGCUGUCUCAGUCCACUGUUCUAACCCAUGUGAGAAUAUUUUGAACUGUGGUCAGCACCACUGUGCUGAGUUGUGCCAUGGAGGUCAAUGCCAGCCUUGCCGGAUCAUACUGAACCAGGUAUGCUACUGUGGCAACACCUCCCGAGACGUGUUAUGUGGAACAGACAUAGGAAAAUCUGAUGGAUUUGGGGACUUUGCCUGUUUAAAGAUAUGUGGCAAGGACUUGAAAUGUGGGAGUCAUACGUGUUCUCAAGUGUGCCAUCCUCAACCUUGCCAGCCUUGCCCACGGCUCCCCCAUCUGGUGCGCUGUUGCCCUUGUGGCCAAACUCCUCUCAGCCAAUUACUAGAACUCGGAAGUAGCAGCCGAAAAACAUGCAUGGAUCCUGUCCCUUCAUGUGGAAAAGUGUGUGGCAAACCUCUCCCUUGUGGUUCCUCAGAUUUCAUUCAUACCUGUGAAAAGCUCUGCCAUGAAGGAGACUGUGGACCAUGCUCUCGCACAUCUGUUAUUUCCUGCCGAUGCUCUUUCAGAACAAAGGAGCUUCCAUGUACCAGUCUCAAAAGUGAAGAUGCUACAUUUAUGUGUGACAAGCGGUGUAACAAGAAACGAUUGUGUGGACGGCAUAAAUGUAACGAGAUAUGCUGUGUGGAUAAGGAGCACAAGUGUCCUUUGAUUUGUGGGAGGAAACUUCGUUGUGGCCUUCAUAGGUGCGAAGAACCUUGUCAUCGAGGGAACUGUCAGACAUGCUGGCAAGCCAGUUUUGAUGAAUUAACCUGCCACUGUGGUGCAUCAGUGAUCUAUCCUCCAGUUCCUUGUGGUACUAGGCCUCCUGAGUGUACCCAGACCUGUGCCAGAGUCCACGAAUGUGACCAUCCAGUAUACCAUUCUUGUCAUAGUGAGGAGAAAUGUCCCCCUUGUACUUUCCUAACUCAGAAGUGGUGCAUGGGCAAACAUGAGUUACGAAGCAACAUCCCCUGUCAUCUGGUUGAUAUCUCUUGCGGAUUACCCUGCAGUGCUACGCUACCAUGUGGGAUGCACAAGUGUCAGAGACUCUGUCACAAAGGAGAAUGUCUUGUGGAGGAGGCCUGCAAACAGCCCUGCACCAUCCCCAGAGCUGACUGUGGCCACCCAUGUAUGGCAUCAUGCCACCCUAGCUCACCCUGCCCAGUGACUGCUUGCAAAGCCAAGGUAGAGCUACAGUGUGAAUGUGGACGAAGAAAAGAGAUGGUGAUUUGCUCUGAAGCAUCCAGUACCUAUCAAAGAAUAGCUGCUAUUUCUAUGGCCUCUAAAAUAACAGACAUGCAGCUUGGAGAUUCAGUGGAGAUCAGCAAGUUAAUUACCAAGAAGGAAAUUCAACAAGCCAGGCUGGAGUGUGAUGAGGAGUGUUCAGCCUUGGAAAGGAAAAAGAGGUUAGCAGAGGCAUUUGAUAUCAGUGAUGAUUCUGAUCCUUUCAAUAUACGUUCUUCAGGAUCAAAAUUCAGUGAUAGUUUGAAAGAUGAUGCCAGGAAGGACUUAAAGUUUGUCAGUGAUGUUGAGAAGGAAAUGGAAACCCUUGUGGAGGCCGUGAAUAAGGGAAAGAAUAGUAAGAAAAGCCACAGCUUCCCUCCCAUGAACAGAGACCACCGCCGAAUCAUCCAUGACUUGGCCCAAGUGUAUGGUCUGGAGAGUGUGAGCUAUGACAGUGAACCAAAGCGCAACGUUGUAGUCACUGCCAUCAGAGGGAAGUCCAUUUGUCCACCUACCACGCUGACAGGUGUGCUUGAAAGGGAAAUGCAGACCCGACCUCCACCACCAAUUCCUCAUCACAGACAGCAGACAGACAAGAAUUCUGGGAGCAGUAAUUUACAGAAGAUAGCCAAGGAGCCAGUAAUUGACUACUUUGAUGUCCAGGACUGAGAUCAAGAUGCACUUAGAUAAAAGAAUAAUUAGAUGUAGUGGAGACUUAUUUGCCAGCAGAUAAAUCAUGCUCGUCCUCACUGCCUGGCAGAUCACAGCCUCAUGCGCUGUCUUGUACUGAUACAUCCAAGCAUGAGUGUUUCAGAAAUCCCCUUGUCUAUUCCUACAUGUAUAAAGUGUUUCACUAUGGCCAGAUCUCUGAUUGUAUGGUCACUAGGUUUUCAGUGAUAUGUUUAAAGAGCCUCCUCACAUCAUCACUGUGAUUGUUCUGAGGGUUGGGGAAAUAUUGGGUUUUAUUUGAACAAAUCAGAAUUUUUGCCCAAAACUGGCUUCAUGGCACUUAGUUGUAGUUUCAGUUGUCCCAGUUGUUCCUACUCCUGAAAAAUGCUUGCAACCUCAGAUGGAUCUCUGAAAAUUCUCAGCCUGAAAUACCAAACACUAAAUUGAUACACCAAAUCUGAAAUCACACGUGUCAUCUUAAACCUAACCAUCUUACCUAAGUCUUACCUUAUUUUGCCAAAAGCUGUCAUGGGCCUGUCUAGGUGAACUUCUUUUUGGUGUUUCCUAGUGCUGUCAGUUCUAGACCUAGGAGAGAGGUUACUUUACAGAAUUCCAUUUUCUCAAGUUCCUACACUUCUUACACCACAUCACUGAGCCCGUCCAAUGACAGUUUAGCCAUCUCUCCCAUAAUAGAGGGCAUAGAACAAGCUUUUCCUUCUGCCAGUUUUAUACUGUGACCUCUAUGAACUGACCAGUGUAAUCCUAACUCCUCUCUGGUUGAUAAAGAGUCUCACAUAGACAACUGUCCGGCAUUGCUUUUUCCUAGGCUUUCAACAACCAUGUUGACUUUCUCUGUCUCUGAGCUCUGGACCUCUGAAUAGUCAAGUAUGUGGAUAGUCCAGAGCUUAUGUCCAGAAGCCCACUAGAGGCAUUCUUCAGGCUCCUUUAAAGCAGGUGUAUCAACAGUUAAUUUGACCCCCUUUGUAUUGGUAACCCUCCAGCCUGGAGACCAGAUUUCCAGGAACUUCCUUCUGCUUCAGAACAAGCCUUGUGCCCCAGAGCAGCAGAAUGAAACUUGAGAUGUGGAAUUCCAAUUCCAGGCAUUUUUGUAAGAAGAGCAGGGCCAUCCUUCAGUCUUUGCCCAAACUGCUUUGAAAGACAGGUACAGCAAUGGGAACAGACAACUGGGAAAAAAUGACAGAAAACAACAAAACUUCCUCUCUCUGAGCCCAUUUAGCAUAUAGUCUGUGGCCCUACACACAACAGAAAGCCCAUGAGCAUCUGUUAGGCUUUUCAAGCAGUGGAUUAAGUAGUUGAACUCUGUGAAGGCAUCUCAGAAUCAGCAGGAGGCAGGAGUCUAACUUCAGAUUCUAGCUGUGCCACAUAACUUGCCACUUAAUGGAGUGAAAGUUUUACCUACCUCAUCAGGGUUGUUAUGAGGAUUAAAUGAAUAGCAGAUGUGGAUGUGCCUGAUCCAUCGGAGGUACUCAGAGUUCAUGCAAGUGAUAUUUGGUAUCUGGAAAAAUAGGUAAGCAGCUCUCCAUAGCACUAGCCAAAUAAGGGAUGAAAUGCCUAUCAGGCUGCUCCUUGUGAAUGGCUGCAUGCAUGCCUGCCAGAUGCCAGUUGUGUACUAGGACUACGAGAGGCAGAUGUGCCGGGGCUUGAGGAAGAGUUGUCCAAAUUGGGGUGAGACUGGAGAGAGGUAGAUGUAGGUCAGCUAAAGAGAACCACUGAUGAACCUAGGUAGAACAGCAGGGCCAAAUUCCUAAUCUAGAGCAAGAGUCAGCAAAUGUUUUCUUUAAGCAACCAGAGUAAGACUUUGUGAGACUUCCAGUUUUUGUUACAACUAAACAACUCUGCCAUUGUGUGAACACAGCCAUAGAUAGUACGUAAUCUCACCUUACUUAUGGACCCUGAAAUAAGAAUCACAUGUACCUUUUACAUGUUACAAAAUAUUCUUUUGACUUUUUUCCAGCCAUUUAAAAGUUGUAGGGCAGGGGAUAUAGCAUGAGACCUUGACUUCCAUCCAUGCCCUGGCGGGUGGGCAGGGGAAAAGUAAGAGUAUUUGGGGUUAGGAUGUAGCUCAAUAGAAAAACACUUGCCUAGCAUGCAUAAGGUCCUGGGUUCAGUCCCUAUCACCACAAAGAAGAUUUUAAAAUUGUGAAAACCAUUCUUAACUCAUGGGUUGUGCAAAAACAAGCAGA